GUCCACUGUGGACUUCGCAGCACGGGAAUGACAUGCUUUCUGUUUCGGACAUUUAAGGACUAAAGUAUUCAAAAAGCAAGAUUUGUUGAAUCCGAGGCUGUUACAAGGAGGGCUCCAUGAAUGAUCGUCACCAUGAUGAUGACGGACCAUAUGCUGGACCUCCCUCCACCACUGAACAACGAGGUUCCCAUGAUGCACCAUUUGAUCAAUGGAGAUGCAUCACAGCAGGUGAUCCUGGUCCAGGUGAAUCCAGGUGAGACGUUCACCAUCCGCACGGAAGAUGGGGCUUUGCAGUGCAUCCAAGGGCCUGCUGAAGUUCCCAUGAUGUCACUGAAUGGUUCCAUUCCACCAAUCCACGUUCCUCCUGGAUACGUCUCCCAGGUUCUAGAGGACAAUACGGGUGUACGGAGGGUUGUGGUGAUGCCUCAUUCUGAAUGUUACCCCCCCAGUUACUCCACGGCUCUGUCCCCGAGCCACCACAUCCACCCUCCGUACCUGACGCACCCCCACUUUAUACCGGCCUCUCACACAUCAUACUACCCACCCGUCAGCCCUGGGGACGUGCCCCCUCAUCAGUUCUACCACCAUCGACUGCCUCCCAUCUACCCAGAAGAGAUCAUCCCUCUGUAUAACGUCUCCACUUUCAUGGGUCAUGAGGAGUACUGUAAACCUCCACCCAAGAAGCUCAAACAGCCGGUGGAGCGUACAGGUAUCAGUCAGGCGACCAGCCCGCUGUCCACCAGCUACAAGAGCACAACGGCCUGCACCAGCACAGCUAACGGCUACGGCAAGAGCCACACCAGCCCUGGAGGAGGAGGUGGAGGAGGAAGCAGCCCUGGCAACAAAAGGCCUGAUCGAAGAGCCAGAGGAAGCCCCAAACACACAGACAUAGAGCCACAAGAUCCUGAUGUGGACAUAAGACGAGUUCAGGCUGCGCCAUCAGGAAUGGACAAGCCCCAGGUUUCUAAGGUCCAGUCUCGCUCCGCACUGGUGUCUUGGACUUCUGCUUUCUCAUCGGGUGUCUCUGGACAGGGAUGGCAUGGGGACGGGGCCCCUCACACCUGUAAUUAUGAACUACAGCUUACAGAUAAGGGUCGGGAUGGGAAAUACAAAGCUGUGUACAGUGGUGAGGAACAGCAGUACACACUUACUGACCUCAGACCAGCCACAGAUUAUCAUGUCAGAGUAAACACAGUGUGUAACUCUGUGAAGGGUCCCAGCUCGGAUGUGAGGGCCUUCACUACCCAUAGUGCCCCUCCUGAUACCCCUCUACCCCCAAGACUGUCCCAUCGCUCCAAGAGCUCCCUCACAUUACAGUGGAAGCCCCCUGCGGACAAUGGCUCCAAAAUCACCAAUUAUAUUUUAGAAUGGGAUGAGGGUAAAAAGAACAGCAUUUUCCGUGAGUAUUACGUUGGACAUCAGCGACACUGCAAGGUCAUGAGGUUGUGCCCUGCUGUCGGGUACACAUUUCGCGUGGCAGCACUAAAUGACAUUGGCACCAGCGGAUUCAGCACAGAAGUUGUCUUCUACACCACAGGAAGUCUUCCACAGACGUCCUUACCGCCACGGCUGGUACUGGCAGGUCCGUCUUGGGUUACGCUGGAGUGGACCCGACCGAAUAGCUGCAGCAUUGAGGAGGUGGUCACAUACAUCCUGGAGAUGCAAGAUGAAACAAAGGGAAUGGAGUUUCAGGCAAUGUACAGCGGGUUGGAGCUGAACCGGAAGGUGGAGCCUCUAAGAAGAAACACUUUGUACAGAUUCAGGCUCAUCACCUGUAGUGGCGAGUGGCGCAGUGCACCAAGCUCUUUGCUCAUGUGUAAGACGACCCCUGACAGACCUGGACCCCCAUUAAAUCCUGCAGUAAACACAGUCACAUAUUACAGCUUCUGUGUGAUGUGGGAACCUCCACAAGAUGAUGGUGGAUCUGGAGAGUUGACUUAUGUCCUGGAGAUAUCAGAAGGAAAUAUUGAAGCAGAGAGGAAGUGGGCGACUCUUUAUAGAGGACCAGAAAGGAAACAUUUGUGUAAUGAUUUAAAACCAGCAACAUGCUACUCCAUCAGAGUCAGCUGUGUCACUGUGGGCGGACAAAGCCAGUGCUCUGAAGACUUGACGGUGUGCACUUUGAGCCCACCCCCCGGGCGCUGUCAGCCCCCAAGAAAUGUUGGUAACGUCAAACACAAGGAGCUGAAUUUGCAAUGGGAUGGUCCUUUGAAUGGUGAAGAGAGUGAAGGUGUAGUGUUUAGCUUGGAGAUGUGUGCAAUGGAAGAGGGAUCAGAGCCAGUGGAGGUGUAUCAUGGAUCGAAAACAGAGUGUACUGUGGGAAGUUUGCUCCCUGGCACCACCUACAGGUUCCAAGUUCGUGCCGCCAACAAGACUGGGUAUGGGCCAUACUCUGAGUCUGUGAAGAUAAGCACUGCAGCUGGCCCCCCAGGCCAGUGUAGCCCCCCUGACAUCAACGUGACGUCACAUACCUGUGCUGUUGUGACCUGGGAGAAUGAAAAGAGCUCUGGGAUAGACAUUUCUGAGUACCAGCUGGACUGGGGACAUGAUUUGGACUCUCUUGAACUGGUCUACUGUGGAACAGAAGCCUACUUCCAAAUCUCCAACCUCGAGGCAUCAACAGACUACUGCUGCAGGCUACAGGCAGUGAACCAGGCAGGGGCAGGCCCCUACAGUGAGCUGGUGACAUGUCGAACCCCUGCAGCGGCCCCUGAUGUUGUGUCCAGCUUUCUCCUGCUAGACCACCCUCCAAACCCAGAAGACCGUGAGUCCUUCUCCCCCUCCACCUGUCUGGCCCUCAGCUGGGAUGAGCCAUGCUGUAACGGAGCAGAGAUCACCUCCUACAGCAUCUGUAUGGGAGAGAGCACCAUCACCAUUGGAAACAUAACCUGUUAUAUAAUCAGGGACCUGCUGCCGGACAGCGAGUACAGCCUGCAGAUUCGAGCAGAAAAUGAAAUGGGUCCUGGGCCCUUCAGCCAGACCCUAACAGUGAGUACCAGGCCCAUGCCUCCGUCUCCACCCCGACUGGAGUGUGUCGCGGUGGGACCCCAGAGUCUGAAGUUACGAUGGGGCUUCAGCAGCAGGAGUGCAAUUACAGAUGACACUGCCUACAUCCUGCAGAUGGAGGACAGGAAUCAGAGGUUUGUAGCAGUUUACCGAGGUCCGAGCCACACAUUUAAGCUGCAGAGACUGAGUGAAUCAAGCCGCUACAGUUUCCGGAUCCAGGCGGUGAGCGAGGCAGGCGAGGGACCAUUUUCUGCGACGUACACCUUCAGCACCACCAAAUCUCUGCCACCAACACUGAAAUCUCCGAGAGUUGUUCCAUUGGAGGGAAAUGCCUGUGAGGUCACAUGGGAGAGCAUUCCACCAAUGAAAGGAGACAGAAUCAGUUAUGUGCUACAAGUGCUGGGAGGCAGAGAAUCUGAGUAUAAACAGGUGUAUAAAGGAGAAGACACGUCCUUCCAGCUCUUUGGCCUUCAGUGGAACACAGACUACCGAAUGCGUGUGUUUGCAUGCAGACGCUGCGCAGACACCCUCCAGGAGCUGUGCGGGUCCUUCAGCCCCUCUGCCCACUUCACCCCGCGCCGGUCUGACACCACACUGGCUGUGGAGCCAGACGUCACCAGGGUGCCCAUGGGCAACACCCUCUCAGAUGAACAGUUUGCCAGCCUCAUAGUUUUCGGGGUGGCCUCUCUCUCUGUCUUAAUGGCUUUCCUGUUGCAGCUUCUCAUUUAGAGGCCUGGAACAUCAAUCCUUCAACUUUUGAACAGUGGCUUGCAGUUCAUGCAAUUUGUUUUGCUUUACAGUGAUUAUUGGUCACUGGUCAAAUUACUAUUUACAUCUGAAUACUGAGAACAAUCACCUGAACAGGUUUCACAUAUAUAUAUUUUUUUUAGUAUUUUUUUUUUUUUUAGUUUUCUACAAGAUGAGUUACAGCUUUAACAAACUGAUUGGGGUCUGUGCCUUUUUUCAUAGUAUUUUUAGUAUAUGUAGAUGUUUAACACUAAAAUAAUAUGUGGCCUUUUGGAUCUCAUAUUAUGCAAUAAUGGUGUCUCAGAUGGAGAUCUGAGGAGUGAUGUUUUUACGGUCAGUUUUGAAGUCCACUGUUCUUUACACGAUUGAGUGUCUAGACAGCUGAACAGAAUCAGUACUUUCCUUCAUUUUUCUUUGUCCCUGAAAAGUCCCUUCUUAAAAGCUAAUGAAAACCUUUAGAAAAGUCAUUUUCUUCUGUCUCCCAGCCACUUGUCUUUUGAGUCUUCUGUGCAAAAGAAAAAGACAAAAAACACCAGCAACUGUCAGUCCAAAGAGAGUCAAAUGAAAGUCUUUGCAAUUAGAAACGUACAAUGUUGUGAAGUCUGGAAUGUUUGUAUCUCAGGGACUUGGGAGGGCCAGAUUACUGUUCAAGUGUUGGUGUGAACCUGUGCCUUUAAAUCUACAUUUCCAAAUAUUUGUGUUGAAUAAUUUCAGAUCUGCUGCUCAAAGUAUUUUUCUUAACUCUUUCUCCUGAUCACAUUAUCCAGUACAUGAUCAUGUUUACUAGCUCAAUCAGCCCUUAACCAAAGUUAACGAGCAAAUAUGAUUUAACUUUUUUUUUUUUUUUUUUGAUUUAUUUAUAUUAUAUUCUUGUUCUUUUAUAAUGCAAAUCACAGUGCAAUCUUCAUUUAUUUAUUACAAGAAUCAAGAACUGUCAUAUUCAAUAUUUUUCUUCAUGUAGCAUGUCUUUUAUGGGGGGAAUAUGACAAUUUUUUUUUAUUAUUUUUUUCAAAUAUAAAACAGCAUUUUUAGCAUCAUUUAACAUUUUUAGCAUCAUAUUUCAAAUAUAUUAUCUAUUGUUUGUAUUCUGUUUGUAGUUGUGUUUGUUUCACUGGUAUAGUCAGAACUUUUUGUAACAUGAUGUACAACCUUGUGAUUUCCCACUUGCACAAUUGACUCGUUUAAGCCUCUUCUUCAUUUUAUAAGAAUUUCUCUUUUCUUCAAUCAAGAUCUUCAGCUAGUCCUCAUCUAAUAUGCAUUGUUGGACUUAUUAGACAAACAUUCCAUUGUAAUUCUGAUUGAAAGAAGUUGAAUUGACUUGACACUAGAAAACUUGAAGUGGAAACACUUGAAGACUUUUUUUUUUUUUUUUUUUUUUUUUUAAUUUUUUUUUUAACUUCUUAAGACCAUUUAACCUUAACUCGACCCAGAGUCCAUGUUUUUUGUGAAAAGAUACAUUUUUAACUUUGAAUAUGUGUUUUUUUUUUUUUUUUUUUUUUUUUGGUUGUUGUAUCUUAGGAUAUAAGUGGCCUAGACAUAGUUUUCCAUGCUUUCAUAUCGUUUCAUGAAAAUCAUUCCAUAUUACAAUUUUUUAAAUAUAACUGUCACAUUUAUUGAUGUAAAUUAUAAUCGUAGACAUUAUAUUUAAAAAAUUACUACCAUAUAAUUUUGAAUGUAUAGAUAUUGAAAAUACUACCCUUUGUAUUUAAGAUGAUUAUGUAUCUGUAGCAUAUAUGUAAUAUAUUUAUACACAAUAAAUUUUUUUUAAG